AUGGACGCCCUCGUUGACUCGGCAAUGGGACACGAGAUCUUCUGCUUCCUAGAUGCCUUCAAAGGGUACCAUCAAAUAGGAAUGAGUGAGGAGGACCAAGAGAAGACAGUGUUCUACACCGACCAAGGUGUCUACUUCUAUACUACCAUGCCGUUUGGGUUAAAAAAUGCCGGGGUGACCUAUCAAAGGCUGAUCAAUCGCCUCUUCAAAGAUCAGAUCGGCCGCAAUGUGGAGGCCUAUGUGGACGAUAUUCUCGUCAGAAGUUUGACCACUUCAGCCUUCCUAUCAGAUGUGAGGGAGGUCUUCGGCGUCCUGCGGGUUUCGAGGAUGAAGUUAAAUCCCAAGAAGUGCGUCUUCGGUGUCACCUCAGAAAAAUUCUUGGGAUAUCUGGUUUCCCGCAGGGGAAUCGAAACUAACCCCGACAAGGUCAAGGCCAUUCAGGACAUGUCCCCACCUCGGAACCUCCGAGAAGUCCAGAGGCUAAACGGACGCCUGGCCGCACUAAACCGCUUCCUAUCUCAGUUCGCUGAGAAAGCCUUACCCUUCUUUAAGGUGCUGAAGAAGGCUGAUCAGUUUACCUGGACUGAUGAGUGCCAGGCUGCCUUCGACAAAUUGAAACAAUAUUUGCACCACCUGCCUACCCUCGCCUCACCUCGGCCCGAAAAAAAGCUGUAUCUCUACCUCUCCGCCGCCGACGAGGCUAUCAGUGCUAUGCUCAUCCGAGACAAUGACACCCAAGUGCCAGUCUACUAUGACAGACCAGCCUAUUCGACAGAUACUGGUGCGACCCGAGGCUUCCGGGCGCCUUACCAAGUGGGCCGUCGAGUUAGGGGAGUAUCGUAUGAGUCGCGCACCGCCAUAAAAGCUCAAGCCAUAGCCGACUUUCUUGCCGAGCUCACCUUCACGGAAGGUCGAGAGUCCACCUCCGCCAUUGCCGAGAUGUUCGCCUCACACUCGUGGACAUUGUAUGUGGACGGAUCCUCUAAUGGGGAUGACAGCGGAGCAGGACUGCUCCUGGAGGGCCCCCAGGGAGAAGUAUGCUCAUAUGCCCUCCGCUUUGACUUCCCGGCCACCAAUAAUGAAGCCGAAUAUGAGGCCUUGAUCGCGGGACUCCAACUAGCCCGUAGGCUCUGUGCCCAGCGGAUCCACGUCCGCAGUGACUCCCAACUUGUAAUAUGCCAAGUUCUUGGUGAAUAUGAGGCUAAGGAUGAGACCAUGCAACGGUAUCUCUCCAAAAUCCACCAACUCACCGCGUAUUUUGAGUCUUUUGAAAUCCAAAGAAUCCUCCGCUCCCAGAAUAGGCGGGCCGACGCCUUAUCCCGGCUGGCUUCCACAUCAUUCUCUGACCUCAACAAGACCGUCUUAGUGGAAGUACUGAGCGAGCCGGGAUACAUGGAAGAGUUGGCCUGCCCUUGUCCUGUGGUCUUAUCGGACCACGUCGAAAUCAGCCACGCAAGAGAUCCCUUCUCCUUGACCUAUGGAAUCGAGGCUGUCAUCCCUGUUGAGAUCCUUACACCCAGUCCUCGGCUGGCAGCUUAUGCAGCCGAGGUGAACGAAGAAGAGAGACUGUUGGAUCUCAACCUCGUCGAUGAAAGAAGGGACAUUGCCUCAGCUCGGAUAGCUUCCUACAAGAACACCCUGACCCACUAUUACAAUGCCCGCGUCAAACACCGGCGAUUCCAGCCAAGUGACUUGGUCCUCAGAAAAAACUCAGUCAGCCGAACUGAGCCACAAGGGAAGUUAUGCCCGAAAUGGGAAGGCCCUUACCGAGUUGUGGAAUCUAAUCUUAGUAGGUAUUGUAAACUGAGCUACCGAGAUGGCUCUCUAGUGCCAAGGACUUGGCACGCCGAGAACCUUAAAUUGUAUUAUGCUUGA